UACUCUAAAAUCAGCGGAUUGAUUUUUUUUCUUCAUAUGCACUAUCAUUUUUUCGCACUCCAUUUUUCAUACCAUAAUCGAGAAAUAAAGUAUUUUCUUUCUGAAAUUUAAAGUUUGCAGGUUCCAAUUUCAAUUUGACACUGUAUUCAUCGAUCAAUAUUUACAGGUGACGAGAAAAAAAGCUGAUUACAAAGUGCGAUUGCAAUCAUGGCCAGUUAUAACAAUCAACAAGCACAAAAUGCAUUUAAAAAUGAUGGUUCAUUUUUAGAAGUAUUUAAACGGUUUCAACAACAACAAAAACAACAGACACCACAACCAUCAAAAGCUGAAAUACAAGUAUCACAAACUACAUCAUCUACUGCUGCUGCUACCACUUUAGCUGUUGUCUCAGAAAAACGAGCUGAAACUGUAAAGAUAUUGCCUAUAAUUGGCAAACGUAAAAAUAAAGCUUUAAAAACUGGUAUAGUAAAAAAAAUAAAGGUGGAUGAUGAGAAAAAAACAUCAAAACCCACAGAUGCUUGGUCAUUAUAUUUAGAUGAAGUUAAACGUUACCAAGAAACUGUUGGAGAACAAGAUAAUAAGACUAGACCUCUUGUUAAAUAACUGAUAACCAAAACACAUUAUGUAAAUAUAUUUGUAAAUAAUAAUACAUUUUGUAAAACAAAUUAAUAUUGACUUAUUAUUUUUUUAUUAUUAUUUUUUUUUUUAUCUUGCAAUUCAGUUUUAAUUGUUUAACUUCUAUAAUGUUGGCUAAUGUUGACUUAAACAAGUUAAUAUUAAUUUUUUUUCAAUAUGUUAUCAAAUAAUAUACGAGUACACAAUUAAAUUAUGUUCAU